AUGACGUCGACGCUGCUAUUUUGGAAGCAGUCGGCGAUGUUGGGGAUGUUGGUGAUAAUCGUCCAGAAUGGAUUAAGAGCGUUAAUCCAAAGUCAAUUUAUAUUCCUCAACGCGGAGAUGUUGUUGCUUACUUCUACAAGGGCCAUCGAACAUUUGUUGAAAGAUCAACAAUAGAAUUUGUUGAUUCUAAGCUUGUAAAGGAUCUAUCCAAGAAAUCAAAUAUUAGUGCACUUCCAUACAACCGCUAUCAACUUAACGAUAUCGAAUUUCUGGAAAUACGGGACGUUAAAUGGUCCUCUGGACCUCCGCCAUAUGCUACUGUUUCAUGCGUUAUACUGGAAUAUACACCGACGGACGAUUCUUUGUAUCCAAUGGAGCCAAAUUUCCAGCAAACCAACAAAAAAAUAGAUAUCUCUUAUUUUGAUAUCGAGGGGGUUUGCGAAUUCCUCGUUUUGUAUAAGCGAUUUGUCACUGGUGUUAAUCAGAGUUUUGAAGUUGAUGAAAAAGUAGUAGUUCGUCUCGAUUCAACCGAUUUCUCUGGCACUAUCGCCAAAAUUAAUCCGAUAGAUGAAAACUCUUGGGAUGAAGAAGGACAAGAUCCUUCAGACUUUUUCACGUGGGAAAUUAGGAAAAGUGGAACACCAGAGGUUGAUUGUAGCCAAUUAACUGAAGACGAAAAGAGAGUAUUCGAUCAAGUAUUGACAGAAUUCAUCGAAAACGAAGAAUAUGUUCUUUUCCACGAACAUGUGGACUUUGCUCGAUACACAGAUUACCUUGAUCAUGUUCCAUACCCUAUGUGUCUUGAUAUGAUACUUCAACGUGUUCGUAAUGGGUUUUACAGAUGCAAACUGGGUUUCAAGAGUGAUUUGGACCAGAUCGCAAUUAAUGCUGUAGCUUAUAACAAGAAAAAUUCAGCAGUUGCAAAAUUAGCGAGCCAGAUGGUCUCUGAAAUUGAGGUUGCAUGCAACAAUCGUGGUGCACAGCUAGGAGGGGGUCCUUCAAAAAAGUGGAAAGGCAAGGCGAAAGCUUUCUAG